UUGCAUUCAUAUUAUGCCACUCGAAUGUAGAUAACACGCAACGGAACUCAUUUGAGACGACGCUCUCUUGCUUUUUUCAUCAACAUACACUUUAAACCCUAACACAUCAUCGGUAGACAGAUAUGGAAUCAGACGAAUCCACUGCAAUUCCAAUUCAAUGGAGUCAUGAAGCCAAUUGGAUCAUCGCUCACGGCUCUCUCCAAUCUACUGUCACCGUCGACUCCUCUGACCACCCGAUCGCAGAGCCUGACUCGGAAAAUACGGCCACUAAAUUUCCACUGAUUCUCAAGCCUCCUAGCCCCGAUUUCGGUCACUGUGAAAUUAAGAUAUGUUUUAAGCAAAAGUAUGAGGUUCGCCAAAUAUAUGUUCGGAGCACUGCACGAGCAUAUGAGAUCUAUUAUGCAACUUCUCCUAAUAGUAUAAAUGAAUAUCUCUCUACUGUUCGGUGUGGUGUUGCUGAACGUGAUGACAAAGUUCUCCAAACCAGUUGUGUUGAAGAUUUUGCAGAGGUGCAUGGGGACUCUUUAUCAGGAGACGUAGCUGCAGAAACUGCUUCAAGUGGGGGAAGUACUGCCACAAGUGAGGAUGAUUGGGUUAACAUAAAAGUCCCUGGGAGGAGCAGUCCUGCUUCAGAUAAGACCAGUACCGUUGGAGUGAACAAUGUACAGGACUUCUAUGAGGCUACAGCACAAAUAAGUGAUUCAGAGCCUUGUUUGUCACUUACAAUUCGAUUAUUAUCACUUCACGACAAAGGACAUGUAUAUGUGGAUGAAGUAUAUGUGUUUGUGGACCCUGUGGAGUCAACUGAUUCUGGAAAUGGGGCUGCGCUGGCAGGAGGCUUGGCACAAAGUUCUCUUAUGGCCAUGUUCAUGCCAACCCUUCUGCAGUUAUCCAAAUCAGGUGUAAGCCGAGCUCAAGAAAAAUCUGAUGAGGUGCUUAAGAAUAGGAACAUGGAAUUGGUAUCAACAACAACCGACAGAAUUGAUUCUCCUCAACAAGUUCUGAAGCCAAAGGAAGUUUGUAAGGAUGAUACUGAGUCAGCUGAACAUCAGCAACACACUUCUGCAAAGAAAUAUUGUAUGGCGGCAAAUGAAAGUAGUUUUCAGCCAAGUCAUCUUGAAACAGCUAUGGAACAGCUCGUCUCUCGACUGAGCAGAGUGGAAGUUAUAUGUUUGAGGUUUGAAGAGAAAAUGUUGAAGCCAAUAGAAAGGAUAGAGGAAAGGCUUCAACAAGUUGAGAAUCAACUUGAGAAACUUUCCAAGAGUUCUCAUGAGUUUGGUUUGCCACAUUGCACAAGAAUCUCUGCCCCUGCAUUUUCUUGCAGUGGAUCAGACACAAGCUCUUUCUACAAUAAUGAACUUGAAAAGAAGGAUUUUACAAGUGAUGACCUGCCUGACUCCCUUGAGGCAAAUUUUAAUCCUGGCCUUAUUAUAACUGCUCCUGAAUUUUCAUAUGAAGAGGAUGAAGAUAAUGAUGAUUUGAAACCAUUGGAGGAUUCUCUUUGUGUGGAACCGAAGAAAACUUUGUCGAUCGAUGAUGCUUUGGCAGCAGCACUUAACGGAUUUAUGUCUAGUGAAGCUUCUGAACCUAUACCAAUACCUAUAGGUCUCCUUGGUGAUGAAAAUGAGGAAAUUCAGUAUCAGGGGCAUGCUAAAUUUUGUCAGACAGAGACUAGAGAAUUCCCUGCUGCAGAGAGUGGCAGUACAGAGUCAUCACAGAAUGUUCAAGUCUUUACGAUUGAGGCUCCUGAUUUUACUUUGGAAGAAACUGGCAGCGAGGAGCAAUUGAAUUCUGUCCAGUCCUUGUUCGAUGUGGCUUCUGUUACUGAAAAGGAGAAAGUGGACUUUGGUAAUGAGAUGGUCCCUCUUAGCAAUAAUUCUGCUGAUACGUCUGAUGUUGGUAUAAAAGAAAGCACAGAUGAGUUAGGUUCACCAUUUAAUGGUAACUCCCCCACUUCUUCUAAUGGAUGCUUGAAUAGGAGCUCCACAGUAAAUGUGAUAGAGACUUACUUUGAAGGGAAUACGACCAGUGGUCGUGAUGAAAUCACUAGCAGUUCUGCACCUAGUCCAGCCAAAGACUCAACGGAUACCAGCAUGCAUCAGAUUUCUGACGAGAGUAACCUAGGAAAAUUAAGUAGUAAGCCCGAUGAUCAGGAUGCUGCUUCGCAAGAGAUCAUAGGACAGGAGGCUGAGAUUGCCUCUGAAUCUGAGCAGCAAAAUGUUGCAAUAGAAAGCAGUGAAGAUCAUGACGCAGAGCAUGUAUCCGGCCAUUCUAACGUUGCUUCUUUCUUAGACUUCGAGUUACCUAUUUUAGAGGUGAAGUUCACUUCUGAGUUGCGCAUGAGUGCCAAGUCUGCCCUUGAAGCUCUUCUAGAUGAUGAAGCAUCAGAAUCGAAUACUGAAGCUCCUCUCACCGAUACGAAGAAAGAUGAUGGUAUUUGCAUUGAUGGGCAUGAAACAAUAGACGUUUUGUCAAAAAACUGCCUUUUGGUAGAUCUUGAAGUUUCUGAAGACACGGCGGUCUCUUCACAUUUGGAGGGUGCAGCAUCUCACAGUCUAUCUCCUACAAGCUGCUCGGAAAUGGCCGUAAGUCUCAUCUAAUACUUUUGAUAAUAUCGAGUCGCUGCUAUGUAUAUAUGAUGACAUGGAUAAAAUCGCAUGUGCUGCAACCUUUCUUUUUAUGAGACUAUUUCAAAAUUUGUGUAUCCAA